GAAACGACGAAAACGUCAGUCAAGCAACGCAUAUCGUGUGCAAGCGUCGCGACGGCUACGCUACCGCGAAUGUGUUUUCAAAAUUGUGUUUUUAGUAUCUCAGGUUCAAGUGUGAAUCAUUUCGAGUUUUUGAGGUUUGUUUUUAUGACUGGAUCACGUUUUGAGAUAAAAUUUAUGGAACAUGGAUAUUGAUAGAAUAUCCUAUAUCUUCGGUAGUUUCGCCAGAAGACGUCAAAGUAACGAAAAUGGAGGAUCAAUUAAACGAAGAUCUAUUGAAUCCGGCAGUCGGGUAUCUCAUGAACGAUCACGGUCAAGUCCUAUUCACACCAAAAAACCUGUGGCAAGCCCCAGAGCAAAAAGCGUAAUAGGAUCCACCCUCGACGAGCCGAAAUUCAAAUGUCCGCUAUGCAAAAGUCAGUUCGUUGAACCUCGAGUUUUGCCAUGUCUUCAUACGUUUUGUUUAAAAUGUUUGACAGACCUGGAGCAAAACCAUUUCGCAGCUUGGAAUGACGACGAUUCGGAUGGGGUAAAAUCAAGCAGUUCCCAUUCAAGAAAAACUAGCUCGGGUGGCUCAGGAGGAUCAGGUUAUGUAAGUGACAAACACGACGAAAGGCCUAUAAGAGGCAUUUGUUGUCCCUCCUGCGGAACUAGAAUAGAGGUACCUUAUGGAGGUGUAAGAUACUUUCCGCCGAAUUACUGUAUACAGCAUCAAAUGGUUUUGGCGUUGUUAAAUUCCAAAAAUACCCACUUGCUUUGCGACUUGUGUACUAGCGAUGUAACUGCUACAUCAAGAUGUAUGGAAUGCGCCAUAAGUUUCUGCGUGCAGUGCGAAGAAUACCACUUAAGGCAAAAAUUCUCAUCAGACCACGAGGUACUGAGCCUGGAAGAUGCACGGGAAAAAGGUAUUUCCAAAGUAAGAAGGCAGAUUAUGUGUAUGAUACAUCCUGAUUCUGAGUUGGUCUUGUUUUGUUCCACAUGUUAUCAGGCGAUUUGCCAAGAGUGUGUUUCAGUCGCUCACAGAAGCCAUAUUUGCGAACCAGUAAGCAAAGUGGCUAAAUCUCAUAUAAUUAGCUUGAGGAUGGCAGCGGACAAGGCAAAAGCUUUGGUGGAACAAUCUGCGAUGGAUACCAGUGUGUUGAGUACAACUUCUAAAAGGAUAGAGUUGGAUUAUUGCAAGAUUCAAACAGAGGUGGAAAAAUUCAUAGAGGAGUACAUCAAAUCCAUUGAAGAACACAAAAGUAACCUACUAGAGCAAAUUAGGCAAAUCCGCGAUGAAAAAAUGCAACAGAUAAUUCAGGAAAAGCUUAGAUUACAGAAAAAAAUAAGGGAUGCAAGAGACAUUGCUUAUUUCUUAGACGAUCUACUCAGAGGAGGCUCAGACGUAGAAGUUUUAAGUUUUAUUAAACCUGUAAUUAAUAAAAUUGAAGCAUGCGAUAAUUUGGAGCCCAGUCCUGAGUUAAAAUACUCGGAUAGCAUACAGUUUCUGCCUGACGAGGCUGUUAAGGACACCAAGAACCCUUUUAAUAUCUAUGGGGUUUUAACUACACAGAGUGUCUCUGCUGAGCAUUGUAAAAUAAAUCCUAAAGAUUUGCAAAAUUUAAGAGUAGGGAAAAAAGUAACUGUCACAUUGGAAACCAGAGAUAGCAAAGAAAACCCGUUAGAACGGGGUGGUGAAUACGUAACUGCAGAAAUAAGACAUCGGGACGCUGGCGUCUCUCGAUCCCUUAUGGUAAACGUGGUGGAUAAACGAGAUGGUACUUACGGCAUAUCGUUUGUGCCAGAUAUUGCUGGAAAAUUGGCAUUUAUUAUAAAAGUUAAAGGCGAACAUAUUCAGGGCAGUCCUUUUCCAAUAUUAGUGCGCAGCCUCAAACCCCACUAUGGAACAUUCCACUGUUGCAGCUUCUGUUCUAGCGGGGGCAGUAAAGAGGCUUCCUGUGGAUGCGAUGGAAAAAUGCCAGGCGGCUAUAAAGGUUGUGGACAUGGUCAUGAAGGACAUCCCGGAAGAAGACACUGGUCUUGUUGCGGAAACAUUCUGGAACAUUCCGAGUGUGGUCGGUCCAGAUCGAAUUCUCAGUAUCAGUUUACGUUGUGAAUAUAUUUUUAAGUUUUCUAGGCUACGGGUAAAAUAUAUCAUCAGGUUUUAGGAAAA